AUGGCGUCCAUAGGUGUUGGCCUCGGCCAGGUCACUCGGCGCACAGCAGUGCCCCGAUCCUGCACCCACUGCGCGCGAUCCACGACACGGUCCUCGACAGCGACUCGCCGACCAUUCUCCUCGAACAACGGGCCCAGGCGCCCGCGCUUCUCGCAGCGUCUCGGCGAGGCCUUGAGAAACAGCAAGGUCACAUGGUAUCCCAUACCCGUGGGACUGGGCGUUGGAUUUCUGGGCCUGGUGCAGUUCUACAAAGUCCAGGCGCGCGAGAAGCAGAAGCAAGAAGAGAUUGAGAAUGGGGAGCGCCCGCAGAAACGGCCGAGGGUCAAGCUGGAGGGACCGUGGCAGGUGCAGGUCAUGUCGACGCUGCCAUUGAAGGCCAUCUCCAGACUCUGGGGCCGCUUCAACGAGCUCAACAUACCGUACUACCUGCGCGUGCCCGGUUUCAAGCUGUACAGUUUCGUCUUUGGCGUCGACCUCAACGAGGUCGCUGAGCCGGAUCUGCACACAUACCCCAACCUCGCUGCCUUCUUCUUCCGCAAACUCAAGCCCGGCUCUCGUCCUCUACACCCGGAUCCGCACAUGCUUCUCUCGCCCGCUGACGGGCGCGUUCUCCAAUUCGGCCAGAUUGAGGGUGGAGAUAUUGAGCAGGUCAAAGGCGUGACAUACAGUAUCGACGCGCUUUUGGGCAAGCGGACACCCACCCCUAGCAUCAAUGGCGAAGCCAACGGCGUCACACCAGAGGACGCUGCCAGGGCUUCCCGUGAGGCUUCUGCUCAGGAAGAGGUCAUCAAGCGCGACGAAAAGUUCGCUGAGAUCAACGGUAUCCCCUACAAGCUGCCUGACCUGCUGAGCGGUUCAGGUGAGGGCCAGACUGUGGAGGACAUGUCUCUCGGAACCAAGCCAAGCACUGUCUCUGAAGUCGGCGCCGAGCUGGCUCUCGGCGAGCGGCCCUGGUACGACAUGCUGUCCCCGGACAAGACCACAUCUCUCUACUACGCCGUCGUGUAUCUCGCACCAGGUGACUACCACCGCUUCCACAGCCCCACCAACUGGGUCGUCGAGCGUCGCCGACACUUUGCUGGCGAGCUGUACAGCGUGUCACCGUACCUCCAGCGCACACUACCCGGUCUCUUCACGCUGAACGAGCGUGUCGUCCUGCUCGGACGCUGGCGGUGGGGUUUCUUCUCGUACAUCCCCGUGGGAGCCACCAAUGUGGGUUCCAUUGUGAUCAACUUUGAUCGCGAGCUGCGGACCAACAGUCUCCUGACGGACACGGCAGCCGACCGCGCGGCAGAAGAGGCUGCGAAGCGCGGCGAACCGUACCUUGGCUUUGCCGAGGCCUCGUACGAGGGCGCGAGCCGCGUCCUGGGCGGACACGCGCUGGGGCGAGGUGACGAGAUGGGUGGCUUCCAGCUGGGGAGCACCAUUGUCCUUGUGUUCGAGGCGCCGUCGGAGGGGGCUGCGGGGAGCAAGAAGGGCUGGGAGUGGAUGGUGCAAAAGGGGCAGAGGGUGAAGAUGGGCCAGGCCCUUGGAAAGGUGUUGGAGGAGUGA